GGUUCAUGCAGGUGUCGAGGUACCUGGGCUAAUUCAGUAGUUAAGUGCGUACCUUAUGGUAGUUGCUAGCAAGUGCCAGCCCCGCGUAUUUGCCUUGAGCCGCAACGUCGCAGUGCGUCUCGACCAACCACCACCACGACGAAACCAAACCACCACGUCAACUUAGGGGCCAGCAUUCGCAUCCACGGACGGGCCUGCCCAUUGCUCCUUCCCCAUCUCCGCCACCCCUGCGUGCCUGAUUGGACCUUCUGAGCCAUGCCAGCACCGGCAUCGAGUCCCUCCAGGGACGGCCUGGGCCCGUAUCUCGCCCACCCUCACAACAGCCACGUCUUUGCAUCGUCAACCACAGAGCUCAACCCGCCGCCCUCGCCGCGCACCCAGCGCACCAUCCGCAAGCUGCAGUCGGCGCACAACCUCGGCGCCGCCGCCCGCUUUGGCAAUGCCCCCUCCCUCAUCGCCCAGCAGCGCCUCCACAACCUCCAGGACCGUCCACCCUCGCCUUCCCGUCAGCCAUCAAACAGAUCCCCUCAGAGGCACCGCGCCAACUCGGACGCCCGGCCCCCGCAGCUGAGCGCCUCCAUCUACGGCACUCCUGGCCCGUCAUCAAGACGGCCAGGCCUCAAGCCCACGUCGACCGCCGCCAAUGAGAUGUCCCUUGAGCGUCUGAUCCGAGAUGGGCCGCCCGCCGGCGACGUGGACGGCGCACUCGAGAGUGCUCGGCUUAAGGUCCUCGACCAGGGCAUCAAGAGUGACAGCGACGGCAUGUCAUCAACCCGGAUAUAUGUCUGGCUGAUCCUGCUGGAUGCCCCCAUCGUCAAGACCGACGACUACAUACAGCUGAUCCACCGGGGGCCCUCGCCUGCUUAUUCCAAGAUCCGCAAUGACACAUUUCGCACUUUGACUACGAACCCGCUGUUUCAUCGUCGCGUCAGUGAGGCCUCGUUGAUUCGCCUGCUGAACGCGAUUGCGUGGAUGUUGCACGAUGCCAAGGACAAGAGCCGGCCCAGCAGCAGCAGGCAGUCUGUUGGCCCGUCGUCGGCUUUCCAGACUUCAUUGGACGAUAUUUCUCAAAUCGCCGUGACCUCAUCUCCCUCAGCGAGCCGAGGCCGCUCAAGGGCCCUGACUGCGACAACGGACGGGUCUGAAACGAAUGCGUCCGAGCCUGGGACGUAUGUUCAGGGCAUGAACGUCUUGGCUGCUCCGUUCUUGUACGCCGCACGGAGCGAGGUUGAGGCAUUCGUGGCGUUCCACCGCCUGCUCACUAAAGAAUGCCCAGGCUACAUCAGAGGCGCCAUGGACGGUGUGCACCGCGGACUGGCCCUCGUCGACAAGGUGCUGGCUAUCGUGGAUCCCAAGUUGAGCCUGUACCUCACCUCGAAGGGCCUCUCAGCAGAGAUAUAUGCCUUCCCGUCUGUUCUCACCCUCUGUGCCUGCACGCCUCCACUGCCCGAAGUGCUACGCCUGUGGGAUUUCCUAUUUGCCUAUGGGCCGCAUCUCAACGUGCUCUGUAUUGUGGCACAGCUCAUCAUAAUGCGAAAUGACCUGCUUGGUUCACCAAGUCCCAAUAAACUCCUGCGGCCAUUCCCAGCCCUGCAGGCUGACCCGAUCAAGCGCACUGCUUUAGCGAUCAUCAAGAUGAUCCCCGACGACGUCUAUGCCGAGAUCACAACGCAUGCCCUGUGAAGGGCAACACCCACGUACACAAGUACGAAACUGCCGAUCAAGCAGGACGCUUACGACGUAAUGAAUAUUAAAAGCUGCAUGAGGGAAUGAACAUGAAUUGGAUUUGUACCAAAACGCAAUUGCACCCGAAUUGAAGCAGGAGUUGGGUCGGAGAAAGGUUACACCUAGUGUAUUUGCAAAUUUAACAAGGGUCUCCAUGCUUUAUGAAGCCGCAACUGUGGGUUGGCUUGAGGCUCUGUUUGCUUAUUGCUGGAUGAGAGUGCUCGACUGUACUGCGCAUCAUCUGGUGUGCACCUCCAUUUGCAUUUCCACCGCUAAUGUGCUUUUGAAACAAAGUUGGAGUGUUCAAUAUGCGCGAACUUGACAUGAGCUGAGCCAGAAAACGUACGCGAGCAAAGGC